AUGUGCACCAUCCUCUCCAAUGGGCGAUUCUUUCGCGCGGUAAACGCGGCAUCGGAGGAUCCUGGGUUUGAGAACUGCCUCAUCAUCGACGAUGAGUCCGGAAACAUCAAGUAUGUCGGGUCGGCAGAUAAUGAGGAGGUCCGAAAUGCGAUGGCCGUCGGAGGCGCCAAAGUGCACGACAUGGGUGGCCGCGUUGUCCUGCCUGGAUUCAUCGACAGCCACAUGCACCUGUUGAUGACUGGCGAGUCUCUCAGCAAGCUCGACAUUGGAGUUUUCAAGACCCUAGAGGGGGUUCGCGAAGGGAUUCGGCAAUUCGCCUCUCAGAACCCAGCACUACCGAGGCUCCUCUGUCGCGGGUGGCUGCAGGCGUCGACGGGAGGUGCCGCUCUGGCCAGCGACCUAGAUGAUCUUGAUCCGCGACCAAUCUACAUCAGCGCAGAGGACAACCACUCGGCUUGGCUCAACACGGCAGCCAUCAAAGAAAUGGGCGCAGCGGACAUGAAGGACCCUCCCGGUGGUGAGAUUCACCGCGACCAGGACGGCAACCCAACGGGUCUCUUCUCCGAGAACGCGGCCAUUGGGAUCGUUUGGCCGUAUCUCAGCAACCUAUCUACCGAGGAAGAGACCCUCGGCCAUAUUCAAGCGGCGUUCGACGCCUACAUCGAGUCUGGGUAUACCGGGCUGGUUGAGCUCGCCAUGGACCAGAGCUCGUGGGACGCGCUGCAGCUCUUCCGCUCCAAGCAGCCCAACAAAACUCUGCCCAUCCCCCUCGCGGUUCACUGGCUCAUUCUGCCACGGUCAGACCAGGAGAACUUGGAGCAGGUGGACCGAGCGAUCGAGCUCCGCAAGGACUUCAACGCCAACACCAACGCCGACUGCAGGAUAACAGGCAUCAAGCUGAUCUGCGACGGAGUAGUCGACUCCUGCACGGCCGCCCUCCGAGAGCCGUACUGUCCCGACCACUGCAACGCGGACCCCAUCUGGUCCAGGGACGCGCUCGUGCCUGUCCUCAAGCGAGCCGAUGCCGCAGGCCUACAAUGCGCCCUGCACGCCAUCGGAGACGCCGCCAUCAAAAUCGCCAUCGACUCGCUGGAGAUGGUGGGCAACCCGUCCGGACGGCACCGCAUCGAGCACCUCGAGACGUGCACGCCCGAAGACGCAAAGCGUCUGGGGCCACUGGGCAUCAUCGCCUCGGUCCAGCCUGUGCACAGCGACCCGGCCAUCCUCGGGCAGUGGCCAAGACUGCUGGGAGCCGAGCGGUGCAAGCACAUCUUCCCGUACGGCGCCUUGGCCAAGGGCGGCGCGAAGCUCGCCAUCGGGACCGACUCCCCCACGGCGUCCUACAAGCCGAUGCCGAACUUGUACACGGCCACCACGAGGCGUUCCGGUAGAGAGCCGGAGCGGAAGGAGCAGACCACGCCGCAGUUUGCGCUGCACAUGGUUGCUGCGUUUGCGGCGGCGACGCAUGGCGCGGCUUAUAGCUGCUUCGCGGACGGCAGGGCGGGGAGCUUGGAGGUGGGCAAGGAUGCGAACCUGGCCGUUGUGGACAUGGAGUGGGACGCGGAGAGGCUGCUGGAGGCAAAGGUGUGCGAGACGUGGUUUAGAGGACGGCGGAUAUACGCCUCGGGCUCAUGA